UAUCGAAAUUUUCUGCGUCAGGGCGUCUUUGUGAGAGAAGUGGAAGGAGAAACACUGUAAACAAGAGAGAGGGGAGAUGGCAGCGAAUGGAAGCACGGGUCUGAAUAGAGAGCAAAAGAUUGUGUCAGCUCUCUGUAAACACCUCUCUUUAGAUCCUAAAAUCUUUUUGGGUGAUGUCGUGGAGAAUGAUAUAAAGAGCUUGUACUCAAACAUCCUGAAGUCAUCUGGGGCCCCUUUGGAUGACAACGAUGAGGUGAUGAAGUGGAUAACAUUUGCAGAGAGUUUUCCUCUGGAUUCUAAGUCAUGCUUUGGAGUUCUCAAUGGAUUAAAUGACGACUUGGCUCAGAAGUCUGUGCUUUUGGGGAAUGGACUAAAACCCUCUGCAGCUGACAUUAUCGUGUUUUCAGUUCUAAAUCCUUUGCUGAUUGGCCUUACAAAUGAAGACAAGGAAAAGUUACCACAUGUGAUGAGAUGGAUGGAUUACAUCCAGAGCAAGGAGGAUUUUGGGGAAUUAUUUGGGAAGAUAUUGCUCAAGAAGGCUAAAUUUGAGCCACAAUUGGAAGGAGCAAAAAUUACAGCGAAGGUGGUAGAUUCAGAUGUAAAAAAGACAUCACAAAAUGCAAAAAAUGCAGAUAAGUUGCAGCCAAACCUGAAUCCAAAGAAAAGUGACGCCGAGAAAAAGGUCACAGGAGAUAAAGAAGCUACCCAGGAGAAGAAAAAGGCAUCCGAAACAGUCGUAGUUGAGAAGGACAAAGAAGUUAGUGUCAGUUUGCUCAAUAUACAAGUUGGUCUUAUUCGCAAAGCAUGGAAGCAUCCAUCUGCUGAUAGUUUACUUGUAGAGGAAAUAGACAUUGGAGAUGCUAAACUGCGUCAGGUGGUCAGUGGUUUGGCCAAGUAUUGUAGUCCAGAUGAGUUAACGAAUCGGCGCAUCGUAUUGAUUACAAAUGUAAAACCUGGAAAGCUACGAGAUGUGAUGUCAGAAGGACUGGUGCUAUGUGCUUCUAGUGAAGAUCAUACCAUUGUCGAGCCUUUGCUUCCUCCUGAAGGGGCUAAACUUGGGGAGCGCGUUUCAUUUUCUGGGAUUGAUGGAAAGCCAGAAGACGUCCUUAACCCUAAAAAGAAACAGUUGGACAAGAUAACACCGCAUCUUUUCACGGACGACAUGGGUGUGGCCACGUUCAAGGGAAUACCAUUUAUGACAUCUGGUGGACCGUGUACCUCAUCCAUUCCCAAGGCUAGCAUCAAAUAGUGAAGAUGGUAUAUUGGCUCCCAAGAACAAUGUAACUCACUUUUCAGAGUUGAGCUGAACAGUAAGCUUUACAUGAGAAGAAGACACAUUCAUGUAGGGAUGGUUUUUGAUUGUUUAUGAUGUGUCAUGUUCCUAUUUUCAUAUCAAAUGGUUUAACAUCUA